GCCCCCGCGCGCGGGGAACAGAGGCAUCGCGCCGAUGCUCGGUGGAGGGGCGCGCGGCCCUGCAGGCUCCGCUGCGCUGCGGGGUCUUUUUGGUCGCACGUGCCGAAGGCAGGGAUAAAACGCGAGCCGGGGCAGGUGUCGCCCAUGCUGCCCGACCACCCGUCGCCGGGCACCGCAGACCAGGGCGCGGACCCCGCGCGCUCCCAUGGGACCAGCGACGCCAGCCCCAGGGCAGCCGGAGGCGCGGGCGACGCGCUGGAAGCCGUGAGCCAGAGGAAUCCAUUUAGACUGGAAUUUUCUUGAGACUGAUCAGAAGUUAGCGACUCCUGCUUUGGAUCUAUGUUUUUGUUCAGGAGCUCGAUUUUGCAGCUCUCAAGUUUUUAUAGAAUGCUGUAGACAACGCCUUCUGCUUCUUGACAAACAAUUUCAUCAGAGUUGCAACUUCUUCCCAGUAACAGAAACUUACAGUUGCAUUCAAUGCCUAACGUUGUAGAAACAGAAAGGUCAAAUGAUCCUGGAAAUGGUGAGCACAGAUCUGAGAGAAAGUCUCCUGAAGAGAAUCUACAAGGUGCUGUAAAAUCUUUCUGCACAAGUGCCUCAGGGGCACCCUUGGGUCCCAAAGGAGAUAGUCACUAUCCAUGGAGUUGUCCAGUGACUCACACACGGGAAAAAAUUUAUGCCAUCUGUUCAGAUUAUGCCUUUCUCAACCAGGCAACCUCAAUCUAUAAAACUCCAAAUUCAACACGCUCAUCUUGCCUUCCUGACAGUACCUCUUUAUCUGCUGGAAAUAAUUCAUCAAGAUACAUUGGCAUCCCAACCAGCACUUCAGAAAUAAUCUAUAAUGAAGAAAACAGCCUGGAAAACUUAUCCAAUAGCUUGGGCAAGCUGCCUCUCGCGUGGGAAAUUGAUAAAUCUGAGUUUGAUGGAGUGACCACAAAUUUGAAACACAAAUCAGGCACUGCAAAGAAACAAAUUUCUAAGAAGAAAAUUUCAGAUAAAAAGGGAAGACAUCAGAGGGAGUGUCUUCCUCAUUCUCCUCUUGAAGAUGUUAAGCAGAGGAAAGUAUUAGACCUCAGACGAUGGUACUGUAUAAGCCGACCACAGUAUAAGACUUCUUGUGGUAUCUCUUCAUUAAUUUCUUGUUGGAAUUUCUUAUAUAGCACAAUGGGAGCUGGAAAUCUUCCACCUAUUACCCAAGAAGAGGCUUUACAUAUUUUGGGUUUUCAACCUCCAUUUGAAGAUAUUAGGUUUGGUCCUUUCACUGGAAAUACAACACUUAUGAGAUGGUUUAGACAAAUUAAUGACCAUUUCCAUGUAAAAGGAUGCUCUUAUGUUCUGUAUAAGCCUCAUGGGAAGAACAAAACAGCUGGAGAAACUGCUUCAGGGGCCUUGUCAAAGUUAAUGCAUGGAUUGAAGGAUGAAUCUCUGGCUUAUAUCUAUCAUUGCCAGAAUCAUUAUUUUUGUCCAAUUGGCUUUGAAGCAACUCCUGUUAAACCUAAUAAAGCAUUCAGCAGGGGUCCUCUCUCAUCACAAGAAGUAGAAUACUGGAUUUUAAUUGGAGAAUCAAGUAGAAAACAUCCUGCCAUUCAUUGUAAAAAAUGGGCAGAUAUUGUUACUGAUCUAAACACUCAAAAUCCAGAAUACCUAGAUAUCCGGCACCUAGAGAGAGGGCUGCAGUAUCGAAAAACAAAGAAGGUCGGGGGGAAUUUGCAUUGUAUCAUAGCAUUCCAGAGACUUCAUUGGCAAAGAUUUGGCCUCUGGAACUUUCCAUUUGGAACCUUAAGACAAGAAUCACAACCUCCAACACAUGCCCAGGGAAUUGCUAAAUCUGAGAGUGAAGACAAUAUCUCCAAGAAGCAACAUGGGCGUCUGGGCCGAUCCUUUAGUGCUAGUUUCCAUCAGGACUCAACAUGGAAAAAGAUGUCAAGUAUCCAUGAGAGAAGGAACAGUGGCUACCAGGGCUACAGUGAUUAUGAUGGGAAUGAAUGACUAUGCUGGGUACUGAACAACUGGUGUUGUACAUGUAACUGUUAUAUACAGGACUGUAUUAAGACAGUAGAAGAUUUUAUUGUUUAUAUUAAAUAGAAACAGAUCUUGUGGUAUAAAACCUAAUCUUAUAGUUCUCCAGUAAAUAAUCUUGUAUUUGAUUGUGCUGGGCAAUUUCAGAUACAUAAGUAGAUAAGCACAGAUUAUUGUCCUUUUAAAGUUUAAUAAUAUAUGAACAAUCUGGGUAUUUCACAAAAUCCAACAAAAUUAUAACUGCUGUGUAAACAAAUCAAACAAAAUUAACAGCAUAAAAUUUGCAUACUUAAGCAUGAAGUGAUUUCUUAUAACUUGAUCCCUAAACAUUUGUUAAAGACAGUUUUAUUCUUAGGAUCAAGGUGUAAGUUGCCAUCCACCCAUAAAAAUUGGGGACUGUCAAUUUCUAAUUUUUGCUAAUGGUUGAAACUCAUUUAAAAUUAGUGAGUCUAGUAGUUCAUUUGCUUAUAUCUGUAUCUUACCUGCCUCAUUUAUUUCCUGAUUAAUUUUCUCAGGAUUUUUGAUAGAGGGGCAAAAGAAAAAUCAUUCAAGAAACUGAUUUUUUUUCCCUACUGGUGCAAGUGGAUAACUUAGUUCAUUGAUUCAGAUAUUCUUGACUUGAUAUGUUGUUAUCAAACACAGACAGAAAUUGUAGUCUUGAAAGACAUCUCAAGUCUAAAAUUAACUUCCAUUUUAGAGAUAGAGUAAAACAAGUAACAUCUGUAGUUUUUAUAUCCAAUGUAACCUGUGAAACAAGAUCUUUUGAUACUUGGUUGGUCCUUCAAUAUGGAGUCAUAUGUUGAUAACAGCAUUGAAGAUGCAUUAGGAAUGCAGAAAGUCAGAGGACACUACACAUACCCCAAAAUCUGAGCUGUUUCUUUUUUCAUAGCAUAUAGAUAAUUAGCUGUUUGAAAUGAGUAUUAAAUAUCUCAAAAAUGUGGCUUUCAUAUAUUUGAGCUCUCUAGCUGCUGUUUUUCUUCUGCUGCCAGCUGUGACUCAAAAAUAACUAGAAUCUGUUCUUUCAUUUCAGGGUCUUGUUUGAGGACUCAAAUCAGUAACUUGGUGAUUACAAGGUGCUGAAUAUGUUGGUAACCAUAUCGCAAUACACCUCAAGGAGAGGGUUCAGAUUUUUAUUUUUAAAAUAUUUUGUUUUCUCUUGAAUUUUAUAUCCAUUUAUCCACUCAUACAUACCUAGCCUACAGAAGGGAAUGAAUAUAUAUGUGAAAUGGUCAUUUUUCUGAAGAGACUAUUUUGCUUGAAAUGCAAAUGACUGAAAGAUAUUUGUAGGUUGUCAAUUUUGUUACUUCAUACUGGAACUUUUAAAACGUUUUCAUCUAAUAAAGUUUUGUUUUCUACUUUUA